CAUCUUGCCAUCCACGCGGUUCUUUGACUGACGAAUGGCUGACUAGCCGACAAUGGACCAAGACGGUGAAUGGGCCGCGGAGACAUUAUUCUCGCCUUCCAAGGCGCGCGUGCAACAGGCGCAAGCGAAAGACUGGGCGGUGGUGGAUGCAUGGCUCUCCAAGAAAUACGCUUCCAAGCAGCUGCCCGCCUUCGAGAGGAAUGAGGAGACGUUGCAAGCACUCCUGACCCUGGCAAACGUACACGAGAACGCCGAUGAGCAGCGCAGCUAUCUAGAUCGCAUCGAAAAGGCCGCUCUGGCCGCUUACAACAAACGCAAUUCCAACACGGACGAGGUCUACCAGUUGCUGAUGAAGAGCAUCGCUGGCAAAGGCCCGGAACUCGGCAUCCUUGCGGAGUCUGCAGUCACUCUGGAUUGCCCAAAUCUCGAAGUUUCGACCAUGGUGAACUCAGCGGUGGACCUUACUGCUCGCGCCUUCGAAACAGAGCAGCAAGUGCGGCGGGUGGAUGCUCAAUUGGAGUUGUUGAAGGUGCAACAUGACCAAGCGACAAAACAAUUAGGCAAUGUCAACAAUGAUGCCUUCUCCGUCGGUUCUGAACUGGCAGAAGAAAGUGCUAAUUGGGCCCGCAGCGCCAAGAACAUGCGUGCGAAGAUAGCGGAGUACGAUGAGCGAUUGCAUGGGGUUGCAUCUCCUCGGUCUAGCCAGGCUCAGUUUGACUCGCUGAGAAAGGCAGAGGAGCAACUUGAGGAGGAACGCAGACGGCUUGGUCAACUAGGCGCUCAGUUGAAGGCUUUUCAAUCACUUCCUCCAGAUCGCGCGGCAUCGCGGGCAAUGGUCGAAAAUGCCAGGGCGCGCCUACACGCUCUGACCGAGGAGCGAGACCGACGAUUUGAACAGCUGGCCGGUGCGGACUGACGCUUGCGCUCUGGAUUUCGUCUAUAUGGUGCAGAUGCGCUACAGAGAGGAACAGAAGCCGGCGAUGGCUCGGCCUACUUCUUCACCCGCCUCGAUACAAUGCCAGUGACCAACUUGCUUCAUCACCCUGAGCUCCUUUCGCGAGCUGCCGAGAUUCUUGUGAAUGAACUCGCACCCUUCCAUCGGCGCCGAUUUGUCCUCGUCGCC